AGCUGAUUCAUCUUGUUUGAAAACUACUUUCUUCAUCAAUUUCAUUUGCACGACCAAAAAACCCCCCCACAGGACAUGAAAGGUGAAAAGAAGUGCGUGCAACCCACAAGUUGUCCACAAGUUCGAGUAUAGUUUUAUUCAAGUAAGUAAAAAAAUUAAAAUAACUGUUAGUUGUACGCAAGACAGUUCGUCUAGAAACCUGUUUAUCAGCAGUAUCGUUCAGUAGUUUUGGCUUGGAUUACAGCAGAUUUAUCGAGGAUUUAUUUCGGAAUACAACUCUACUUUUUUUGGCUAAAGAAACCUGUUUUGACAAGAGUACUUAUUCUACUUGUAUCAAGCUGCCUGUACAGAUUCGCAGCUUCUGCAACAAAGUAGAACUUCUGAGUUUUUUUAUCAAGAAAUCAAGAAUCUGAAAUAUCUGUUUUUUCCAACUCACCGAGACGAAAAGAACAACUAGUACAUACUCUGGUAAGGCAGCUCUAGAGAACGUUUUGACAUUAACAUCUUCAUCUACCACAACAUUUUUAGUACUAACCUCAACCUCUAUACAACCCUAACCCACAGCCGGUUUAAUAUUUUCGAUUUGCACAGGUCUGCUUUCUGGAAAAGCAGCUACAGAUCGUGUAAUAGACUGGCUAUUGUGCAGCCUCGGAUAAGUAAAUCUACAAAAAGUUUACACUACCCAGCACCCACUUUUUUUGCUGUAAGAAAAACACAUCUUCAUAUCACGAAAUAAAACCCUGUAGUUGUUUUGGCCAGGUGGAAGAGUUACGGGGGAAAUAAGUAAAUACCGGAUCAUUUGAGGGCAACAAGAGGUGCUGUCGCAGCUUGUAUAAGCUGAGACCACAUCAAGUCUGCCAUAUUUGUACAACUUCAUCUCUAAUUUGUUUUUUUUUUACCCAAAAGAAAAAUGAAAACGCAAAGCAUGGAUGACUCUGUGAUGGCUUCGACGGCGGCUCCGCUGUCCGGCGAAAGCUUUCACGACGAUGUGGCGUUCGACUUCGAGGCAGCUAUCAACCCGGACGUGACCAGUGUAAAGAAAAAUAAGGUCACGGACCUCAGCUCCCCCCUGUCAAGCGACCAUGAGAGCCAAUACACCACGGGAAAGCCGGUAUAGAACUUCUUUCAGUUUCUUGCAUUAUUGUAGUUGUAUUUUCAAUUGGCUUUGGCUACUACUUCUGUAGUGUAGUCAAAGUAGAUGCAGCUUGAAAUUGAUUUUUUCGCUCUUCCAUUUAUUUCCAAUCAAUUUUGGAUCGUCAAAGUUCGGAAAAAACACUAACCAGGCAACGAAGAUUAUCGAGAUUCAUCUCCCCCCGCCGCCGUCCCAGGAGAUCACACGGGAAAAGUCGUUCACCCCGAGAUACGGCACCAACGUGGUGUUCGACGAUUUGAAGCCGAUCGAAAAGACCCUGUCACCAACGACGUUGCUCUUCACCAGUGUCAGGCCGGGAGCGGGCAUCGAGUGCUGGAAGAUCUGUACUUUCGUUUUUCGAUUGGUUUUUUUGUUGAUGUUCUUUUCGAUGGUUUCCAUCAUGUUCAUGAUGAUCCAAGUAGUUGUUCUACAGCCGAGGAAAGGGCAUCGCCAUGUGAUGCUUCGAAUCUGUCUCUGUCAUGCACACAGGCGUGGCUUGACCUUGAGCCGCUUUUCCCUUUGAUGACAUUUUUCUUCUGGUGCAUAAAAAAAAAAAUAUCUAUCAUGCAAAUAAAAUCGUAAUCACAACCAAAACCAAACUUUUCAGGCAACAAAAUCAUGUCUUUGUUGUCUAAGCGGCAGACGAGCGGAUAUGAAAUGGACAUGAAGAUUCGGGGAACCACGAUGUGCGUUAGCCAGCUCUCGCCGCCGUGCGCUAUUACCUUGACUCCGUUCCAGGACCUGCAGACCAACCGUUUCGCGGUGGAAUUUCGACGUAUAGGAUUUAGGCGAGUUUUGCUUAUAUUUAUUUUACGGUAGCAAAAAUAAGAAGAACAGCAACAUUACAGCACCUGUUGACCAAACAGCUGCCCACAUACAGCAGUACUAGAAUGUGAAAUAAUUUUAUGAUUUGUCGUAGCUUUUGUUCAAGGAAUCGCUCCCCAAUACAAAAAAUAGAAAUACGAAGCCGAAGACGAAAAUAUUAAAAUCAUGAAAUAAAUACUACCAGGCGAGUCUGGCGGCGUUUCCACUUACUCCGACCUGUUUCACUCUGUGAAGCAGGAGCUGGUUACUGACCCGAACGUGCAGUUGGUGGAAAACGACGCCGAUGAGGUGUCCACGGAGUCGAGUUUGGACCUGAACCUGGACUGGAUGCCGGACUUCACGAACAAAUCCGCCAUCGACAGUGACGGGUUGGAUUACGUCGCGCUGGACGCCGAUUACGUCGAGAAUAAGUGCAGCAGCCCCGAGCAGCUGUACAGCAUGACGCAGUGCGGCUACUCGCAGGAGGCGGCGGAAUUGUUGAAGAGCGUGCCGAUUGAGUCCAUGAACACCAAGGAGUUCUGGAUGACGGUCAAGCUCCUGCUCGGCGCGGAUCAGUCCGCGAUCGCGGUCAACGGGACUCUCAACUACUGCAUCCAGAAGACGGAUAUGCAAUUUGCAAAAGUGAUAAUGUUGUCGCACUCGUAGUAGCAUUAGCAUGUUUAUUCUGCAGUCAUGCAUGACAAUAUUACCACUCCGUAGAAAAAUCAGCAUUACAAAUUCUGUUUUUCAUUCUAAAAAAAUUGUAUUGCAAUUUCUACUAUAUGCGACGCUUUUGUAAAAAUGCAUAACCAAGAAGAACCCGGUGUUCGGCGUGCAGCUGGUCGAGGUGGGUCUUGGCCGCAUGGCGGCCGACCUGUGCGCCCUGGAGAGUUGCCAGAGCAUGUCGAUUAUGCACUGCAAAUGUGUCUGGGUCUCCUGGAAACUUGUGAUGCAUGUCACCGAAUAAUAACCACACUGUAAUGCACCGCCAAGCAUGACAGAUUUUUUCGUGGCUUUGUGUUGCGUAUACCGCAUGAGAAACAUCGUUUUUGCAUGAUAAACUGCGUUUCGUUUUCCGCAUGGCCAACUGCGUUUCUGCAUGACAAACUGCGUUUUUGCAUGACAAUCGUGCUCUUCAAUGUUCCUUCUGCGAGCAAGAUCUAAUCCCUUUUUUGGUGUUUACGGUUUUUUCACGCGACGGAUCUAAAUAGAGUUACAACCGAAAAAGAAAUGAUCUCUAUGCAUGACGACGGGGGCCUCCAGUAGUGGAUCACUAGCAAUUUAUACUUCCAUCGGGGAGAUAACCUCGAAAACAAAUCUUCAUUGUUUUUUUUUCAUUUUUGUUCACCCUCUUCUAGCGCUAAGAAGCCUCCGUCGAUCCUCUUUCCCGAAAAAGGUCCAGUUUUUACCCCGUUACUACUCGCCGUGGAGUAGUUUUUUUUUUUUGCGCUUUUGGAUCAUUAACUUAGUAGGCCCCUAAAGUGGGAAAAGACAACAAAAGCAAAGCUUCGGCCCCAAGGCGCGCAGAUUGUCCGUCCCCCCCCUUACAAACUUGGACCCCAGGUUCUCCUUGCGCCGCACCCACGACAGAGCAGACCGGAAAGAGGAUCCGCGCCGAAGACUUUGCAUGAAAACAGAAGAAAAAGGGACGAAGAAAUCAAGUCCGCAAAACAUAUGCACGACAUGUGAGGCCACCAGUGCGAAACCUCCCGCGGAGUUUUUGCCUAACUUAGCCUGCGAUCAUGGUCGUGAAUAGACCCGAAAAAUUUUUCAUAUCCGGCAACAGUUCGCCGAACAGUCCCAGCACCCCCCAGAGUAGCCCCCCCAACUACUCGCCCGAGCCAAUGAUCCCACUCGUGCUUUGCACCAACAUAGGAUGGGCUCAUCUUCUCGCUUCCGGGGGGUGCAAAUUGGUAUCUAACCGACAUUGUGCCAAGAGGAGGGCCUCCCCGGGACCGCCUGGCGAAAGCCUGCCACGGGUUUCACUGUCCACGGGUGGCGUUGCGGGUAAUCCUGGCGAAAGCCAAAAACCGGCAGAAAAUGGGGCCACGGAAGAGUUCUUGCUGGACAUUACCAACAUUUGCCCAUGCAGAGCCGUCCUCUUGCCGGACACAACCAACAUCUGUCCGAAACAGCCUAGGGCCAAGACGACACCGUGAGGACGACCACAGGGGGUUCGUCUCAAUGAUGAUGAUGAUGAUGAUGAUGAUGAUAGACAAGAGGAGGUCUUCGUGGCCACGCAAUACAGAGUUCAGAGUCAUGCCAAACUAGCAUGAUAAAUCUCGCAAUCUUCCAGACCCAGACAUUUUUGCAUUUGAUAGCUUUUGCGCGCAAGGCGAUGGCGUUGCUCAACGUGCUGGCGCACUCCUUGUGGCAGCUCCCGAAGGAGGAAUACGUAUUCAUUGAUAAACAGUUGCGUUUUUGUGUUGAUAAUUUACUCACGGAACGCCGGGCCAUUUCAGCUCGUCUGAGAUCCCAAAAAGAUCCUAUCAAGAUCCUGGCCGCUGGGCUACUUCCGCGCCCCGAAAUUACGAAUCAGGCCCAAUGUUUUGGCCUUCGCUUUGCCUCCUUUAUAUAGCAAAUUCGCGCGGCCUUUUCUGGGCGUGUCGCAUAGCUGCCGAGCCUAUCCCGAGAGCGGCCCUGUUUGGGAAGCGCGAUUUUUUUUUCCUGUUGCGGGGGUAUGUCGGUACUUUACGGCCACGCAAAACUUGGCGCGGGCCAGCCGUUAGGGAACGCGCCGCCCGCCGCGGCCAGCGUGUCGCUUUGCCUCUCCUAUCUGGUGUGCUUCUGUAGUUUUUUCGUGGUAGUCGUGGACAUUGGGAAGGGGGUGGCGCAGAGGUAUUUCGACUGCAGGCAUUCUACCUGCCCAGCAUCCGGGAGCCCGCAGAGGGGCGAUGGCCUUUGGCACGAUGCGGGGGGUGCCAAGUGUUUUGCUUCUUGGGGUCGCGGGGAUCGGCAGGCCAAUCCUGCAGAGAGCGUGUCAAGCAAGGGUGGGAGUUGUCUCCCCGCGGCAUAAUUUUCGUAUUCAGGAGCAUUUUCCAGUGGAAUUCGGCCGGGCAUGGGGCCACUUUCCGGAGUUCAUGGCCGCCGCCUCCAUUUUCAAAAGUUCCGAUCAAAUGCCGAACAAGGUCCUCUCAGAUGCCUCUUUUUUUGCGCCGCCAAAUCCAUAGAUUCUAGUCGGGGGAGAGGCCAGGAGAAGCGGCAAAAAAAGUGUCCUCUGGACAGGAUCUUGAUCGGAACUCUAUCGGAUCUUGAGCGGAACUUUUUAGGAACUUUUUUCUCGCCUCUGAACGGGGAAUUAUUCACACUGUGGCAGCUCCCGAAGGAGGAAUACGUAUUCAUUGAUAAACAGUUGCGUUUUUCUUGUGUUGAUAAAGGAAGCUGCAUAUUAGAUAGAAGAAUAUACGGCUGUAUUGUUAUGCAAGAACACAGAUUUUAUUCGUGCGUCGUGAUGAAUUACUUGCGAUGUAGUUGCAAAAAGAACCCAAAAAUUCGAAUCACUUUGAAAAAUACAGACCGAGCCCCUGGUGGAGGCGGUGAAGGAUUUUAUCGCUGUUUUGGAGGAAGACCGUUCCAUGGAAAAGGAGGUUUCCGAGGGAGUGCAGAAGGCUCAGGGUGUGGUGCAGGAGUUUCUGGAGGCGACCGCGAACCAGGCGUAGAAUAGUAUUAAACACCUGGAAAAAUAAGAACAACAUGCACCGGUCGGAAAAGUAAUGAAAAUCUCCAUCCUUCCAACAAGAACAAAACAAGCUCUUGGCACUGAAAAAGAACACGACCCAGCAGCAGCUACCUAAUCCUCCGUCAGCAAGAGUUAUGAUCCACCUAUCAGAACAACAACACAAGUAUACAGCAAUUAUAAGAUCUCGGCCCGCACGUAGUAAGUUUAUUCGGGGGCUUUCUUUAUCACGGUCGAAAGGCGACAAUCAACACUCGCAGUAGGCUUUGUCUUAGGGAAAGAUUUCUGAAAAAAAGUGUGGACGAGGCUCGAAGUGAUUCUAUGAAAACCUAGAAUCUUCCUUAGUUUUACAAAUUUUGCUAUCGCGCGACGUCUUUCGUCAACUAAAAUCCUGGUCGUAGCAGGGUUGUUGGCCACCGUAUAAAGAAGUUAGACUAAGAUCGCGUAGGGCAGAAUUCAGAAGGUGCAAGCGGUUUAGUCGGUGGGCACUCGUACUCGUCGAGCAGAAAAUUGCACUAGUACUUCGCUUUUCCGAAAAAUAGCAAAAAUAAAAAAUAUGGAUGAAGUCAAACAACAUUUUUCACAUUACUCUAUCAAUCUAUUCUAACUCUUAAAAGCUUUAUGUUUAUAUAUGAUGCGAAAAACCAAAUAUCAAUAAAAAAGCAAUUUGAUCAACUUUCACGGUUGUUGGUAAGAAUAAAAUCCUAGAGCAAAAAUUCUGUAUGUGGGCUUGUUGCUGCAAAUCAGUAGCGUUAUUCUCUUCCUACUUGUAGUAACAAACCCGGAUUUUUUCUUUUUUUUCAAGAACUAGAUUUUUCCACGACCGGAAGAAGAAAUUUACAUAAAUCUCCUAUCUCAGCUGUAGAGUUGUUCUAUCACAGUCUGAGAACAAAGGAGAUCAAUAUCCUGCAGCUCGCGCGUUGGCGUGUAUCGUUUUGAUCGACGUACUAUCGGGGGAAAUAAAAUUUUAGUACUCGUUUAUUGUCUUCAUUAUGUUGGGGAGUAGUUUUAGUUUAAGACUUUGGAAAACCACACGCAAGCCUUAAAUGAACAAGGUCGCGGACGGUAAAAAUAACAGAAGGUCUCGCACAGCACAAGAACACAACAAGUAAGAACUCUCCUCAAUUUAUAAAGAUGAUACAGAGCAGCGAGUCUACUGACUACGCAAGAGAAUCAUAUUUGUACAAGAUCGGAGAAGAGUUAGCGGGCCACCAUAGAUACAUAGGACUUGUAGCGAGGUAGCCGCCGCCCAACUACUUCUAGACGCCACGUCUGCUUUGAUGAAAGGCAGGCCGAUUUUGACAAAUUGUCAUUGUCUUGCUACGGGACAUCGAGAACGGCCGCGACAUUUGUAGUCUUUGAAAAAGUUUUUCUAUAAGGGCCCAAGCCACAAGUUGCUUGCCCAGCUUGUCUUUUUCUUGAAGUAGCGCUAACCACGUGAGGAGAAAGCAAAAACUUUCAAGAGGAUUCCACGUGACCACUCACAACAAACAAACAAACAAGAAUGAAAAUCCAAUGCAUAGGCCACUUGAAAAUUCUUUAUGGAAAAGCGAAGAGCUGCAAUUGAUGCAAGAACUUCUUUAUCAAAGCGUUGUACUUUGUACAUUUAUUGAUAAAGAGAUUUCGUCCUAUAGAUUUUUACUCUACUCCAUCUAUAGUGCCGAGGUUAAUAGGUAAACAUCAAGCAACAAGCAUCGCCACCAAAAUUUUGUGCAGUUCACUGCAAUUUUUACAUUGCUAUUGUAAUAUUUCAUAAAUUUUCAACAUCGUCAAGCGCAUCUGCGGACAGAGCUACGAGUUUUUUUUAUCUGUGGCUGCUGUAACAUUGGAAGCAGGCUAGUAAUUGUGUCGUUGUGUAAAAACGGUUCCUGGCGAAUUGAGUUUUUACUCUAUCCACUGCGCAGGCAACACUUCUUGUUAUCAGCUGACAGAAAAGCUUGUAGAUGUCGCGUUUGAGGAGCAUUGGACAGACUGUUUCUUGACUUGUAAAAAUAUUUUUAGUAUUGUACUGCGUUAUUGACUUGGAUACCAAGGUUUUGUCAAAAAUUUCGAUGCUGCUUAUUCAGUUGCGAAAACUGGGUCGGGAAAAAUUGAAAUGCUGUAUCAUCAGCUACACCUCGAUACAACUUGCGCCCAAAAAUAAUCGAAAUUUAGGCAAUUCCUUGUGAAAAGCUACAGGCAAAACAAAAAAUCCUCCACCCUGCGAGAUUAGCAUGUGACAAGGGUACUAUUCAUCUCUGAAAGCCAAGAUCAGCGAUUCUAGUGAAGAAGCUUUGAGGACAAAUGGAUCGAAAAAACAUCGAGACUGAUGUGUAAGUACAACAAUUCACCAGCAAUAAAGUGCAUUUCUUCACAACAAAUCCAUGGAGUAGGAGACCACAGACUCUUGUUUUACUAGUCGGCAGCAGGUCGUGAAGCUUUUUUACCAGCGCCGGGGGUCAUAGUAGUUAUUGGAUAAUUUUAGAAAGUUGACAAAAAUGUUGACCGCAUCCAGAAAAUUUCUUCGUCUAAGACCAGCUCUGAGAUGAAGUGGUUUCUUGGUGGAAGUCGAAAUUAUAUCUAGUAAAACUGUAGAUCGACUACACGCAAAAAAAAAAUCUUCACUCCGAUGACUUCUUACGAUCAUAUUUUUCAUUCAAAAUCCGCUCCUUUAACUUGAUGCUAGUCUCGAGGAUCGUCGUUUGUGAUGGUUCUUGGGUACUAUGUUCUAUCUAGAGCGGCGUAGUUACAGAACGGAGCAGUAGCGUCAAAACUUUAGUUUUUUGGUCACUAGUUUGCUGCUCUCGGGGACGAGGAGGAAAAAGCUAAUCUGGACGAUGAACAAAAAAAAUCAUCGUCGAAGACGAAGAAGCAUAAGAUGACAACAACUACGGGUUUGAAGAUAUUUCAUAAGCAGAAAUCGAAGGGACGAUUUUCAAGAGGAGACAACAGGGUAGUUUUACUUCUACAUGGCGAGGGCAAAGACCACAACUCUACACCAAUAGCCUAGUUGAGAACCUCCGGCGCAAAACAUGUAGAAUUACCAGACACAACCCAAUAGCUAGGUAGAUCUUUUGCAACAUCUAUGCACGAGGUUUAUGUUGUAGUAGGGCUAGCAGAUGAACUAGAAGAAACCCAAAUAUGAAAAAAACACCCUGAAGAUAAUAUGCUGCAACACUGCCUGAAGAUUUUUUACGGAGACAGAACAACACUCUUGCUCUUCCUAGUACCAGGAUGCACAUAAGUACUAUCGAGAUAAGUCUCUAAAACGAAAUCGGUCUCGACAUGAGAAGAAGUUGAUCUUCGCAACUUCAUCCAUAGACCACGGUUUUCAACAUGAAUAUUAGAAUUUUGUGGUGUAGGAAUAGCUAAUAAAUAGACAGAUAGAACAUCAUAUUUUCAAUAUUGUGCAGUUACUACUAUCCGUCGAUAAUUCGUUUUGAGUUGCGACAAUUUGAAAGACUUCAUUUCACAGUUUUAUCUGGAUUUUUAGCUACACACACAAAAAUUGAUACUUUUACAAUAUCAACAAAACCGGUCGUAUGAAUAGGGGAACAACAACAAAUGUUAAACACAUGAUAUUUUGGGUCAUCGAUAUGAAUUCUUUGUAAAUAAAGGAAAACUUGUGAAGAGUGAAGAG